AUGAACUCAACCACUGGAGCGUUCAAUGAGAGCGGCCUCAUUGAGAAUAUGGCUCUCAAAGCUGGAAGUUUCUACGUUGGCUACCCGACACCUGGGUCAUGGAUCAGCAAAAACAUUCAAAGAGCUCAAGACUACCUCGUCAAUAAGACUCGACUUGGGAUUCCGGCUAUCGUUCAAUCUGAAGUAUUCACGGAUUUCUGCUGGUCAAUGCUACGAUCUUCAACUCUCCGAUUGGAUACGCUUGUGCUUGGGAUCCUGAACUCGUCGAGAAAAUGGCUCACGUUGUUGCUCAGGAAGCUGCGGCUAUUGGUGUCAGCCAGAUAUUUACGCCAGUCUCUGACCUCGCCCGGGAAUUGUGAUAUGGAAGGAUGGAUGCCGGCCUUCAAACGUCCGAUUGUGGACGCAGGAGCAUGGAGCAUCAUGUCAGCUUAUCACUCCUAUGAUGGAAUGCCUUCAGUCUCAGAUGCCUAUACCCUAACCGAAAUCCUCCGCGGCGAGUGGGGCCACAAGUACUGGGUCACCAGCGACGCGGGUGCCACCGACCGGGUCUGCACAUAUUUUAAAAUGUGUCAGGGCAACCCUAUCGACUCAGACGCAGUAACUUUGGAGGUUCUGCCAGCUGGCACCGAUGUGGAAAUGGGAGGCGCAUCAUUAUUAGAGGAGCCCCAGCUAGAUCCGCCCGAUGGGGUGAACUCGAGCUGA